UCAACCUUGCCUCAAAUUUUUGAAAUUCGAAAGCUGCUCCCCCGGUAGCGGCUCUCGUCCCGUUAGGAGCGCGGCUUGAGCGAUCGUGGUGGAAGCCAUGGAGCAUGGAGAGGUGCGGCCUCGACAGGAUGACGGCCGUUCCGAUUGCCGCCGUCGCCGCAGGAAAUUGAUGAUCGGAACCACCUCUGAUGGGCAAGGGAGUCAUCCCAUAUCGGGAAUGGACUCUGUUGUGGCUGCUGUGAGUGGCUACUAUGGGUCAGAGAGGUUCAAUCUCAUCAAGCUCAUAAACGAAACUGGUGCCAAUUACGUGGGAACGUUGACGAGAACGACAUCACAUCUGGUGUGCUGGCGAUUUCAGGGGAAGAAGUACAGUUUUGCAAAGAGCCAUGGGAUUACGAUAUUGAACCACCGGUGGUUUGAGGAUUGUUUGAAGGCAAGGGAGAGACUUAGAGAAAGCCCAUACACCUCGUCGAGUGGUGAGGACAUAGGUCCUUUAUUAUGGAAGACACCAACUAUAGAGAGUAAGCUUGGCCAAAAGCGAAGUCUCGGAUUGCGCUUGGAAAGGAAGGAGUUACUAGAUAUUUCCAAUAAUUUCAAUGCAUCAGAACUUCUGGAGAUUGAUAAGAGGUGCUCAAAAAUAGAAGGUACAAUGUGGUCCACAUCAAAUAUGGUUGAUGGGACUGUAUCCAAGUCUACCAAUAGAAAGAGCACACCAUAUAGAGGCUCCAAUAAGGAGUUGGUGAAAGGAAAAAAGCAACACCAUAAUCUGAGCAGUGGGCACAAAACUUCAAUUGGGACUCUCGAGCAGUUUUUUCAAGCAACGAAAACACGCUCUGGUAGUGUUUCAGAGGGAAGUACUUACACUGCUGGUCCAACUACCUCCAGUAGAAGGAAUGCGGACCAUGAUCAUGCUAUUUUGGAUCCUAUCCAGUUGGAUGAUCUUGUUGUCGAUAGUUGCCAAGACCUCAAAAAUGUUCCUCGUCUUGACAGUGGCAGAUCAAGAAGUGACGGCAUAGAGAUAGCAAAGAAGUCCAAGUCAAACUCGCUGAACGAUGAUAAGGGGAAAGCUAGUGUUGAGUAUGAAGGGCAUGCACCUGUAGAGGCGUCAUGCAGCAUACCUGUAUCAAUAGAAAUUUCUUGCGCCAUUUGUUGGACAGAGUUCUGCUCAACCAGGGGAGUGCUACCCUGUGGGCAUCGUUUCUGCUAUGCCUGCAUACAAAGCUGGGCUGAUCAAAUGGCUUCAAGGAGCAAAGAGUCAACAUGUCCCUUAUGCAAGGCUUCCUUUGUGUGCAUCACAAGGGUGGAGGAUGCUGCUUCUCCUGAUCAAAAGAUAUUUUCACAGACUAUCCCGUGCGCUUCAAACACAAACUUAAUCUUGCUUCACAGAAGGGAAGAUGAUAUGAAGAAUCCGGCAUUGGCGUUCAUAUGCUACAAGUGCGGCAGUGGAGAUGCAGAUGAUCUUCUUCUUAGGUGUGGCAGCUGCAGGAGUCGUUGGGUUCAUUCAUUUUGUUUGGACCCUCCGUAUACUGGAGUUUCGUGGACAUGUAGAUGGUGUAAUCUGCGUAGAAGACCGUCUUAUGACUUGUAAUUUUACUGGUGACCAAUCUGCUUAGUGAAAGGAAAAUAAUUUGUUUGUAUAAGUUGAAAGGCUACGAAAAAAUGCCGUAUAUAUAUCUCUGUAAAAGUUUCAACUUUUUACUAGAACAAUAAAAUUUCUUGAUAAUUUUCUCCAA